CGCUGUCUAGGCAACAUAUACAUCCCACCCUCUCAAUUCAACACCUCGAAUAUUUCCUGUCACUACAACGCCGUACCCGGCGCUCUUCAAAUUCCCAUAAUAGCCGGUGAGGAACUAAAGCUACAAUGGAACGAAUGGCCAACUUCGCACGUCGGGCCUGUGAUGACAUAUCUAGCACAAUGCGAGGGCAGCUGUGCGGACGCAAGGAAAGAAGACUUGGAGUGGGUGAAGAUUGAUGAGCUGGGGUAUCUAGGUGGAACAUGGGCGGCGAAUGUACUCAUCGCGAAUGGGUUUUCUUGGGUGGUCAGGAUACCAGAGGUGCUGGAGGAGGGGAAUUAUGUGUUGAGGCAUGAGAUCAUCGCGUUACACGUUGCAGAAAAGGUGGACGGAGCGCAAGCAUAUCCGCAGUGCGUGAACAUCCGGGUGGCGCGAAUGACGGGUGGAGAGGGGAGGAGGUUAGAAGGGGGUGUGAAGGGGGAAGAAUUGUAUGGGAGUAGGUACGAGGGUAUACUGGUGGAUGUGCAUGGGAAGGUCGAGGGAUACAAGAUUCCAGGACCAAAGUUAUGGGCAUAUGCGACCCCAGUCAGACAGGCCAAUCAAUAA